GGUUCUUGGCGGUAGACUAAGAAGACAAAAAAUUUGCACACUCCAGUCGAUUGAUGACUGAUGAGAAAUAUGAAAAGUAGCGAAUAGCGGUUGUUCCUUGAAAAGUAAUCAACUACUUUGCUACUGAAUAAAUAUAGUACGCUACAGCUACAACUAUGUACAUACUGUUUAAAACCCCCAGUAAAAAACUACUCGCUGCUUGGAAAUUGUAAUUCGCUAUUACCCACCCUAUAGAUAUAAAGUCGUCAUCAUCACAAUUAUUGUCAUUCGAAAGUAGUGUAAUACGAUCUAGCUAUCCGCAUUUAAACCCAACAUUUUCUUUUACUAAAAGUUUCAAUUGUUCAUUUGCAUAGUUGUAUCGUAAAGCUUUGGUCUUUUGUUUUAGGGUUUUCUUAAAUUGUCGUGGACACGUUGGAAAAGAGUUUUGUUCACGCGGUCUAUUGCGAUAGCACCAACACUGGCGGUAGCUUUCUUAGGAAUUAAUAAUCUCACUGGAAUGAACGAUUUCUUGAAUGUCUUGCAAAGUUUACAGGUUAGUUGAAGCUUUAAAAUUGCUUUUAUUUGACUAUCCCAUAUUUUUAUUUUGAUUUUGGUUCGUUGAGAUGGUGAAAAUUAAUAAAUUAUAUUAAAUUGAUGUUUCAGUUAUCUUUUCCUGGUAGAUCGAUUAGUAACAUUCCUUAUCACUUUCAAGUAAAAAUAUCCACAGCUGUAUUCAGGAGUAGCUUGAGGCCGCGUUUACACUAUGACGCUACAGCAAAUUUACCGUAUCGUAUUGACUCCGUAUCGUAUUGUGGUCCGUAUAUUUGGUUCGCUACGGCAAACGAAUCCGUUAUAGUGUUUAUACAAUACUAAGAAACGUAUAGUGAAUUUUUAACGGAAUGCUAUAUAGGUGUAGCGUUAUAGCUAGUGUAAACGCGGCCGAAUUAUUUAACCCUUUUUGUGUAAAAUAGACUUUUACGUUUACGGAUCUUUUAAAGUUAUAACGCUGUGCCCUGCUUUUCUAGCUUCCUUUCGCAUUGCUACCCAUGUUGUACUUCACAAAUAAGGUGGAAAUUAUGGGCAGUUUUGUAAACGGAAAGUAAGUUUUUGUUAUUGUUAUUGUUUUGGCUGUUUUAAUUUUGCAUGUUACAUCUUCCUCACGAGGUGACUGCCCCUGCUUAUAACAUUUGUCGAGACAUUCGUUGGUGGUUAAUUGCUGUGGCUAAUGAGCCAACACUUUGUCAUACCUCUAUACGAAAAGAAUAUUUUCGUCUUGGCAAAUAUAAACAUUCUUUUUUUUGGUGACCGGUGAAACGCUGCAGACGCGACAAGGAACAUGUCAACAUGUUAUUUACAAGCUGGUACAAAUUAACAAACAAAUUCUUAUUAACAAAUACUGCGUGAAAUAUUGUGAGGCUCGAGUGUAGGUAACAAUAAACAAUAUAUUUGAGAGGUUAUACAUGUUAUAACUAAUUGACUCAUGAAAAAGGACUUCUACGUGACAAUGGGAAGGGCCUUUUGCUCACUUCUACUGCCAUUAGCAGACCAUUAACCAAAACAAAGAAACUGAAGAAGUAUUAUUUAACACUGUUUAUAUAUAAUUUUUUAAUAUUUUAGCCUCAUGUUCAAUUUAAUAGUACUAUUUCGCAAAACAAUCUGACAGAUCGCAGCCGGGCAUUUUUUUGAUAAACUAAGUUAGUUCAUUAGUUCCAUUCUAGUGCGAUUGAAGUGGAAAACGGCCGUUACCAUUACACCACUCGCUAACUCGCUAAAAUAUUAGCAAAAAUAAGAAUAUAAGUAACCGCUUCAUGUGCUAGACAUGCAUGUGCACCUAGCAGCUUUCUCGCUUGAUAUUAAUACUAUUUUCGGGCGAGGGUACGCAUUGAUGUAUUUUUAGUUGCAGUUUGUUUUCUUCAUUAACAAUAUUUUUGUUUCCAGGAUCAUGUGCGCAUUUUCAUGGGUUGUUUCAAUUAUAAUAUUGGGAAUCAAUUUUUUUUUCGUCGGUCAAACUCUGGUAUGUUCAGUUCGUUCUUGUACUGUAAUGUAUGAUUUAAAGGCGAGCGCGCACACUACGAUUUUAGUCGGACGAUGCAUGGUUGUAUCUGUAAGACUUUUUUUAAAUUGGUAGUGUAUUGUUAUAUGCCCGUCAUUACAUGCUCUCUUCUUUCGUGUCUCCAUGGGAGGUCUAAUCAGGUGACGUCAUCACUUCAGUUGGGAUACAUGUUAAAACGAAAAUCAGUCCGUGGCAUAAUCUGUGUACUGCUUUUUCUCGUUUCUAUGGAUUCGUUAAGACUCGUUUACACUUUUGGCUGCGUGUAUAGGUGCGAUGUUCUUCUGACGGAUGUGAACAAGUGGAUGAGUUAAGAAUGAUCAGAUGAUGGUUUUGUUAUACUCAGGAUAUUCACGACUCUUCUACUCGUUCACAUCCAUUAGAAGAAGAAAGUCGUACUGGAAAUCGCAGCAAAAAUUGCAAGUGUAACGGGCCAUGCGCGGUAAGUCGUAAAUUGGCCGACUAAAUUCCUAGCGUGUGUGCGCAGCUUAAGUAGUAAAUGUAAUCUGUCAACAAGUAUAGUUGACACAUGCAAAGUAAAUUACCGUUUUCACAUUCGUUAAUAAGUGUAUAAUCAUUUUACGCCGUUGGUACAGACAUUAUUAUUGCAUAAUUGUUUGAUAAUUAUGGUGCACUAUAUUAUAUACUCUUUUAUAUUUUACCCCUAUGUAUGUGGUUGCCGUUUAUGUACCACUACUAUAUGUUUAGUAUAGUUGACACAUGCAAAGUAAAUUACCGUUUUCACAUUCGUUAAUAAGUGUAUUAAAUAUGGCGCUCAGGAUUACACAGUCAUUUGCAAUUUUGAAAAUUAAAAUUAAUUGCAGAUUAUUUACAUAAAAACGAUCUCCAAAUUCAAUUGUUCGUGUGGUUCAAUUAGUCAAUAGAGCAUGCUAACAUUAUUCUCAAGAACCUCAUCCGAAAGCUUGGGGUUUCGCUUAGAGAAUUCUAUGCAUAUCCGAAACCUCGCCAGAUUCCUACUAUGCUUUGAUAAAUUUGAGGUAUAUGAUAAUGAUUUUUUGUUUAUUUAGAUGAGUUUACCAAAAAAUGUAGCAUUGUUGUUGUUCAUUUCUGUCUUGGUUCUCCUUUAUUGUGUUUUUGUUUUUCUUCUGGUAAGUGUGCUUUUCAUCUGGGGCUUGGGUACGACUUGUUCACGCCCGACUCCACUUUUAAUGAAUAAAUCAGAAAAUAUUUAUUUGAUCCGCAAGCAUGUUGCUAUAGUCAGUUGAAGUAAUUCACCGACAGGCUGAGGAAAAUUCACGUCACUUGUAACCAAUGCCUCCGAGGCCGUUACAAAUCAUUAAUUUUCCAAACUGUUUUCAAUAUUAAACUCUUACAUUUAUAGCUUUAAAUAACAGCCUGUACUAAAAAAAUGUUUAUUAGCCUGGUAAUGCAUACAAAAAUUGGCCAAUGUUUGAAUCGGUCAAUAAGUGGACUCUUUCUCGAAUCUAGUUUGCUUGCAUUCACACCAGAAGCCCCAUUUUCUAAAUGCCGAUUCAAAGCCUAGUAUAAUAGCCAGUUGGACCCAUGUGUCGAUAACUAAAUAUUUCUUUUCUCUGUAGUUUUACUACGCUCUCGAAUUCAAGUUUCUUGAUCGGUUUAAUGUAAGUGUGAAGCAGAGUAAUUAUUUAUCGAAACUCUUUACCAACCACAAUUGUUAAAGGAAAAUAGCAAUAUGGAAGAUUUACGGAAAUUUGGAAGCGAGAUUCACUAUAUUGCAAACCUUAUUACAGAUGUUCUCAAUCUUUCUUGGUUUAAAAUAUAUAACCGUUCAUUCCGGACAAAUUUAUUAUGCAUUCUGCCAUCUUGGAUAGGCGUAUCCAUCGUCGGAUAUGCGUGACGUCACAACUAGGGUAAAAUUAUUUUGUAUCUUGAGUGAUCCGUGGAUUAUUUCUCAAUGUUAGUUAUUAUUUCUCUAGUUUUAUAAUGUCUGCCCUGGUGCUGAUGUCAUUUAAUUUAAUCUAAUUAUAAAAAAGAUGGCGGAAGGAAGGAUUUUUGAUUCCAAAUAUUGGGAGAAUUUGUAAAAUUACAUCCAUUUAGACCUAACCAGCAGGAGUAGCUCAUUGCAAGAAAUGCAACCAGAGGUUCUCUGGCAGGAAUCGAACCUACACACUGCGAUUCUGUUACAGCGCUCUAACCACAGUUAAUGCUCCAACAAACUGAGCUACAGAAGCCAGAUACAGAACUCGACAACUGAACUCUGUAGUUCAGUUGGUUAGAACGCUGCACCAGAAUCGCAGGGCCGCAGGUUCCAUUCCUGCCAGAGGAUGUAUAGAUGCAUUUUUCGCAACUGCUCCUCAUUAGGUUUAAUAAUGUAUAAAAUUCUGAAUCGAAAUUUCCUUCUACAUAUAAUCCUGAUAUCUGCAGCUUAGUGGUCAGAGCGCUAUACCGAAAACGAAGGGCCGCAGGUUCUAUUCCUGCAGAAGGCCUAUAGUUUCAUUUUUAACAACAGCUCCUGAUUAUGUCUAAAAUAUAUAUAGCUUUGUGUCCAAAUUUCAUCUGCAGAAAACGUUCAACAUAAUAGUUGUGAAUCUUGUUUCGUAUUGUAGUGUUUACGCAACAGGAGCGGAGAAUACGAGGAACAUAAGGACGAUGAUGAUGUCGUAGCUGACUGUGGGGAACACGUUGAUGAUUGAGACUAUGUUUACACUAGAGCAAAUGUUUUCGGAUUAUAUCGUUUACACUAACGAGCAUGAAUCCCAUACAAAAUGAUCACAGAUAUAUUUGGAACUUAGUUUGUGGGAACUUCGUAUCCGAACAAAGUAUAAAUCCGGAAAAAUUAUCGUGUAAAUGCUUUCGGUAAACAUCCGCAUCAAAUUGCUCCGGCGUAUGUUUUUGUAUCUGUGUUUGCGUAGAUAUAUUGCUGUCGCGUCUGUUAAGUUUGUCGACCACGGUUUCUUAACAAUGACGUAAUGUACAGAGAAAAGCAAGAUGGCGGCCGUCGAGGAGUGAAGGUAAUGUUCCAAUGUUUUACUGCUAGUGUUCAAAUAUUAACGUUUUGGAACACUACUUUGAUUUCCAAUAUGAUUUCUUCAACAUUUAUUCUUUUACAACAAUAGCUUAAAACCUUUUCGCAAGGAGAAUCAAGAGGAAACUGUGUGUUGUUAAUUAUGCGAGUGUAAUCUAACAAAAAUGUACUGCAAUGAGACUACAACAGUCGACUACACGGACCAUGCAGUGUUUUGUGCGGUCGCGUUCUGGGCUGAAUUAUGCAGUUAAUUAAUACAGAAUUAAUAUGUACAUUGGGUUGCAUGAGGUGCUCAGUACAUAAAUCAGCGCAGAUACAUGUACGCCUAGCGUACCUAUUUUUAGUUUAAAUAAUCGCUGGGUCAGGCUGUGUAGUGCAAACGCCUCAGAAAUCUGUAUACUUGUAAAACAAGGAAUGAAGAUACUUUUAGGAAUCCGGAAACUUUUGCUCUUGUGUAAACGUAGGCUGAGAGUCGAACUUCAUUAAUACCGUUGUACGUAAGAUCAUGGAAAAUUAGAACUUUUUCCUUUGAACGUCAUAUAACCACAUCACUUAGAAGGCAGAAUAGGUAGAAAUUAUAUAAUUUUAGAAAAAUUCCUGGGACAAUAUACAUGAACGCUACGCAAUUAUUGUAUUUUGCAUCGAUAUAUACAUGUAGUAGCAACUGUUCGAAUCCGAGAUUUUACAUUUUAAUUAAGUAAUCAUUGAAUUCAUUUGGUUUUCAAGGUAUGUUUCCUUCGCGAAAGGAAACGUGGAGAAAUACUAUUCCAGAUAAAAGAACCAAAUCGAGAAAAUGAGCGUUUUUGGAUUUCUAAUCGUGAAGAAUUGAUGUAAAAAUUCUUGUUCGCAGCUGCUCUCGUAUUAUAUCUAUGAAUCUCGCAAUAUAUAAAGUGCACAUUAAAUCGUAUUCUCAUGUUUUUAUAUCAUUAUAUCAAACUAAAACCACCCCCAAAUCACACCGAAACAUAAAGGAAACUAAGUAAAAGUUGUACUUUAAGUAAGUUUUAUAAUUUAAAGUACAUUUUCAAUGCAAAAUAUAAAAAAAAAAAUAAAAAUAAAUACCCACAUAGAGCCUGGGCUACUGUCUUCGAACAACAAUGGCGGUCGUAAAGUUUUCCAUGUGUUUCUCGCAUCGCACUAGCCUAAGAGCCUGCAGUCGCUUCUAAUAAAUUUUCGUGUAUAGCGUUUGAACGCGAACGCUAGCUUUUCAUUGGCUAUAGCUCUAAUGCCACGUCCAUCUCAACAGUUAUUAUUCAAAAUGGCGGUCAGCAACGACGAGGCGUUCGAGGAAGGGACAUGAUAGCAAGAAGAAUAAUGGUCAGCAAAGUAUAUAGUUAAGUUUGAAGGAAAGUCAAUAGAUGUAUUUUUUACAUGCAAACCUCAAAAAUAACACAUUUGAUAAGAUUUCACCAAAAGAAAUUCUUCAAAAUCGGCAAAAACUGGGUAUUCAUUGCAGACAAAGGUAUUCAUUUGAGAUCUAUUUACAAUAAUUGUAAUCUGAAAAUUUGAUCAAAUUUGGACUAUUUUUAAAUAUUCAACGAGAGAGAGCGUCCCGA